CAACGACUCUCCUUUGUGCUUUCUCCUUGUAUUUCACCUGCAUUGCUUCUUAUUGCUGCUACCUUACUCAAGCUUCAUCACAACAAUAACGAUCACCCGCUGGCAGGGAUCACUACGACGACGACGACGACGACGACGACGACGACAACCACGCAUACUAUACAGAAACGUCGAUCGCGAAAAGCACUGCAUAUUGUCAUUAUCCAUCCCGCAUCAACACCCCCCAAGCCAACCAACAUGCCUGUCCCAGAAUACGGAGCUGCGCCGUUGGCGAAGACCUUCGUCCUCGUACGCGGCCUAUCUCUCAUCUGCAUGAUUGCCAUCGUCGGCAUGACAGCCAACUUCGUAGCAGAAAUUAUCGGCUCGAGUGUCGAGCCGCCCAAAGAAAUCGUCGGAACACUCGUCGUCACAUGCCUAGCCGCACUCUACUGCCUUAUCAGCAUCCCCUUCUUCUACGCCCAAGCCAACCUCGGUCUCCUAAUCAUGACCGCCACGGAUUUCUUCCUCCUCCUCGCCUUCAUCGUCGUCGCGGUCGUCAUGGGUAAACCUCUCUCGUUCCUAAACUGUUCCGCUGCAGCAGACUUGAACGCUGCGGGGAACGCUCAUUCCACCGUGGUUUUCACUCAAGCUCUCACGGAAAAUUUUGGAAAAUCCGGCAGUACUUUGGCUCUGGGAGGUUGGGCUGGUCUUACCAAGGCGAAUUGCUAUGAGACGAAAUCUAUUUGGGGGUUUUGUAUUAGUUUGACGAUUCUGUUGACUUGUUCGAGUUGCAUUUUGCCGACGCUGUGGUUUAAGGCGAGGAAGGCUGGUGGUGGUGGUGGUGGUGGAGGUGCGAAGUCGGAUGUGUAGACUGGUGACUUGGCGACAUUUCUUGCAUAAGGGCUGCGGUUGAGAUGGCGUACGGGGACUUUAGAGGUUGGCGUUGGGGAAAAGUCAGGCGGUGCCUACUGGUAAUAUUUGAAGAUUUUCGGGUGAUCAUAUUCAUGGGGGCCAGAAAGCAUAUAGACCGGGAAAAAUUGCAUGGCAUUACAAGAC